AUGGCCCCACCCAGAGACGAUUCCGACGAGGAGGACGAACUCGACGACGAGCUCGAGGACGACGGUGAUGUUUCAGAAAAAUCUUGGCUAUAUGCGUUGACUCCGCGGGGCUGCUCGCGCUCGAUAUCCAACUCUCUCGCACAGUGCUCGCCGGCGACUACGCAAUUCUGUUCUCAAAACGGGAUCCCGACGCCCCCUCUUGAUUUUCGCGCAGAUGGCAAGCGAAAAAAAUUGAAAGCAGAACAGCGGAGCAAGAUCCGCUUCCUCAUCAACCACCUGCGCCAGGAGUUCCGCGAGUCCGUCGCCAUUAUAUUUGAUCGCGACGUUGAAACGUUGCGAAAGAUAGUCGACGGCGACUACGAUAAGUGUCAAGACCAACUCGCCGCCGAUCAACAGUGGUUCAACAACGACGAAUUUAUACGAUCAUUCAGUCCAAUCCUUGAUCGCAAGAAGAUAGCCCGUUGUCAAGACCUGCUUCGCGUUGUGCAACGAUCAGUGGGUAGGAGGGCCUCAGUCAGUCAUCCCUCGACAUAUUCCGGUCAACUACGGUCCAAGAGAGGUCGGGACGAAAGCGAGAGCGAGAGGGAAACUAACGGCUCCCCGAACUCGCAGACAGCAACAGGGACUAAAGCCGCGUCAAAUUCACAGUCGACGGGAUUCGGUUCCUCUCAAACCCAGGCCAGGAGCGAGCGAGCGCAGAAGCGAGUGCGCUUUACUACUGGGGACAACGUGGAGGGGGUGGGAAAUGAUGUCGCGGCCCGCCUAGAGCGACGGACAGGAAAAAUGAGGGAACACCCCGAGGAAACCAACGAGAAAGGGGGAAAGGGUACGAGCUCCCGCCUCGCCUCUACUUCGGCCGUCGUCUCCAUUCCACCAACCCCACCUUCCGUACCAUUUACAUGGAACCGCACCCUCACUCAGCCACCAUCGUCAUCUCGCGGUCCUCCCUCGUCCCGCAGUGCUUCAUCAUCCCGACUGGAGCCCAGUGUCGCAACUCCGCCCCCUGCCAACCCUACUAGCACUCGUGUGGACCACGACGAUGCCUGGGAUGAGGAAUGGUUGCGAGAACUCCUUCGGCGUCACCGCUUCGAGUGCGACAUAUUGGUAAACGCCUUGCGGGUAGCACAGGUUCAUCGGAUUCACAUUGAACACAUGAUGCACAACAACGGCUAUGGGUUGGAAAAAAUUGAAAGGUGGCUGAGGAAGGCUCUUCCUGAUCACCUGGCCGAUAGUUAUGUUUUAACUCUAGUGGAAAUCAUCUGGGAGGAGAAGCUCAAGCUCAACUCGGAUCAUAUCUUAGUCAUGUAA